AUGGCCGACGGCGCCAGCAACGACGCUCCCGCGAGGCCGAGGCAGAGGAAGCACCACGUCCCGGACUGGCUCAACAGCCCGAUCUGGUCCGCCCCUCCCCAUCCCCCUCCCGCCCCCGCGCCCGCGCGCCACUCCCUUCCCCCUCCGCAGCAGCACCCGUCCCGCGAUCCCUCCCCGCCCCCGCCGCCCCCUCCUCCCGCCCCCCCGCAGCCUGCACGGGGCGCCGGUUCCGACGGCGACGACGGCGGCGGCGCCGCCAGCUCGUCGCGGCCCCACCUCGUCCCGGAGUUCACCGUCGCGCUGGGGAGGAAGGUGGUGGAUCUGGCGGAGCUGCGGAGGCUCGCGUGCCAGGGCGUGCCCGACGCCGCCGGCGUGCGACCCGUCGUCUGGAAGCUUCUAUUGGGAUACUUACCAACUGAUCAUGCUCUGUGGGCGUAUGAGCUGGAGAAAAAGCGGUCCCAAUAUAGUGCUUUCAAAGACGAGCUUCUGGUUAACCCUUCAGAAGUAACUCGAAGAAUGGAGGAAAUGACUAUAUCCAAAAGGAAUGGACAUAAUUCUGAAGGAACCGGUGUGCUUCCAAGGGCAGAAAUUGUCCAUGAUGAACAUCCUCUAAGCCUUGGGAAAACUAGCGUCUGGAACCAACAUUUCCAGGAAUCUGAAAUUAUAGAGCAGAUCGAUAGAGAUGUUAAGCGUACUCAUCCUGAGAUGCAAUUUUUCAAUGGGGAUUCUUCUGAUGCCUUGUCUAAUCAGGAGUCGCUAAAGCGUAUACUUACCAUAUUUGCAAAAUUAAAUCCUGGUAUAAGAUAUGUACAAGGAAUGAAUGAAGUUUUGGCACCACUCUACUAUGUUUUCAAGAAUGAUCCAGAGGAAAAUAAUGCAGAGUCAGCAGAGCCGGAUGCAUUUUUCUGUUUUGUUGAGCUGCUUAGUGGAUUUCGUGAUAACUUUUGCAAACAACUGGACAACAGUGUAGUUGGCAUACGCUCCACAAUCUGCAAGUUAUCCCAGCUCCUGAAAAGGCACGAUGAAGAGCUCUGGCGGCAUUUAGAGGUUGUAACCAAGGUUAAUCCACAGUUCUAUGCAUUCAGAUGGAUCACCUUGCUGUUGACGCAGGAAUUCAAGUUCCGCGACUGCAUUCAUAUAUGGGAUGCAUUAUUAGGUGACCCUGAGGGACAUCAGGCCACCUUACUACGAAUCUGUUGUGCAAUGCUAAUUCUUGUUCGAAGGAGGCUGUUGGCCGGUGAUUUCACUGCAAACCUCAAGCUUCUCCAGAGCUAUCCACCCACAAACAUUGACCACCUCUUACAUAUCGCUAACAAACUGCGAGGGCCAGUUCCCUACUGACUAAUUGUCUUCUCUCAUGUUUGUUUUCAUGUUAGUUUGCAUAUGUCGAAUUUGAAUGUUUGUAAAUGAUUCUCCAUGCCCUAUGUGACUGGAUGGUUGAUUUGAACCAUCGCGCGUCUCAUGUAGAUGCCUUUUGGAGCAUACUGCUUGUCUUAUUGUUCGCACACUAAUUUAAGCACAUAGUAGAUGCCUUUGCUGUAGCUAAAAGCAAACGGCCAAUAAAAAAGUAUCCUCUGUUUUGAA